AGACCCGAAUCAACUGGUUUGAAGGAGAGCGCUGCAGUCCAGCUCUAUAAAUAGCUGAAAGGUCGGAAGUCGCUCGAAAAUUCUUAAAUCGGAGUCAGAUUCAAAACCUCUCCUUCGUCUCUCACCUCUCGCGUUGGGUUUCGGCUCUGGGAAAGAGAAGAUGAUCGAGGAGCACGGCCAACUGCAGCUGGUGGACCGGGAAGAUGAAGAUGAAGAAGAGCUCUUCGAAUCGAUCGACAAAUUGAUUUCGCAAGGGAUUAACGCGGGCGACAUUAAGAAGCUCCAGGAUUCAGGGAUCUACACUUGCAAUGGUCUAAUGAUGCACACGAAAAAGAACUUAACGGGGAUCAAGGGACUAUCCGAAGCCAAGGUGGAUAAGAUCUGCGAGGCUGCUGAGAAGCUCGUGAACAUGGGGUACGUAACCGGAAGCGAUCUGCUUCUCAGGAGAAAGGCGGUGAUUCGAAUUACUACGGGGAGCCAGGCUUUGGAUGAACUCCUUGGCGGUGGAAUCGAGACCCUCUCAAUCACUGAGGCAUUUGGAGAAUUCCGAUCAGGGAAGACGCAAUUGGCGCACACGCUCUGCGUAUCGACGCAGCUACCGAUCCACAUGCACGGAGGCAACGGGAAGGUCGCGUAUAUCGACACCGAGGGAACUUUCCGUCCAGAUCGGAUCGUGCCGAUUGCAGAGAGGUUUGGGAUGGACGCGGGGGCCGUUCUUGAUAACAUCAUAUACGCGCGUGCCUAUACUUACGAGCACCAGUACAAUUUGCUCCUCGGCCUCGCCGCCAAGAUGUCCGAAGAGCCCUUCAGGCUUCUGAUUGUGGAUUCCGUGAUCGCAUUGUUCCGGGUCGACUUCUCUGGACGCGGCGAGCUUGCCGAGCGCCAGCAAAAAUUGGCGCAAAUGCUCUCCCGCCUGAUUAAGAUCGCCGAGGAGUUCAAUGUGGCAGUCUUCAUAACCAACCAAGUAAUUGCUGAUCCUGGAGGAGGUAUGUUCAUAUCGGAUCCUAAGAAGCCAGCGGGAGGUCAUGUGCUUGCCCACGCCGUCACCAUCCGACUCAUGCUGAGGAAAGGCAAAGGCGAGCAGCGCGUCUGCAAGAUGUUUGACGCUCCCAAUCUUCCAGAGGCUGAAGCCGUUUUCCAGAUAACUCCAGGAGGCAUUGCGGACGCUAAGGAUUGACAACGUUCAAGGCAUGUAUCUUCUCUCUAGCGGACAGAUAGCCUAAAGAAGUAGUUUAAUUUCUAUUGACGCUUUUGCUCUUGCUCUUUAAAAUUUUUGGAUAGAACAUAAACAGUGUCCUCUUUUUUUUUUGCUGCUUAUAUCUGUCCAGGAGAAAGAAAUAGUAUAUACUCAUAAUAGUAUAUCUUUGUUAUUUUGCGUUUCGGAUUAACCGAUCCAUUCCGUUCUUAGGUA